AGUACAGGAAAAGUUACUUUUGACGUUGGUCGCUCACCCGGGAGAUGAAAAGCAUUUUUUGACCCCCUGAAAAAUCAGUAUCUCGGUUAUGUUUCCUACGGCUUUGUGUCUAUAGCUUAAAUAGCAUCUCUUCUCCUAAAGUCUGUGUUAAGUGGAGCAGCUAAUGAAGCAUUUCACCGCUGGCUUGAAUGUCAGCGUUUGAACGUUUUGAAACCGAAGAAGGCGUACUGUACAGGGAGCUUCUGGCAAUAAAUAGUUUCUGAUGGAGCCUGAUUUAAAGUCCGAUGCAGGGGGUUCCUCCUGAGCGGCCGGAGCUCUCCGAGCACUGACCCUGCCGGCCCUUCCAGCGACGCCUGUGAUGCCAUCCCUUGGCUCAGUCACAAACGGCGCAGGAUAAAGGGCUCUGGCAGCAUGAUCUCAGAAAGGGAUUCGGAGACCACCUUCGAUGAGGAUUCCCAGCCCAACGAUGAGGUGAUGCCGUACAGUGACGAUGAAACGGAGGAUGAGCUGGACAGCCGGCAGCCUGCCGUGGAACCAGGACAAAACCAAAGCCACAGAGACGCCGAGGAGAGCCAAGAGCCAUUGAAAAAAGACUGCAGCUGGCAAGUUAAAGCAAAUGAUGAAUGCUUCUACCAACAGCCCCAGUUUAAGAGAACUGUAUUUCUGUGCUUCAAAAAAAGCAAAUAUGCAGGAAAUGCAAUUAAGACAUACAAGUACAACCCUAUCACUUUUUUACCACUGAAUCUGUUGGAACAGUUUAAAAGAGCAGCCAACUUCUAUUUCCUUGUUCUUCUCAUUUUGCAGUCGAUUCCCCAAAUAACUACCCUGUCAUGGUAUACAACACUGGUGCCCUUACUCUUGGUGCUGGGGAUAACUGCUGUCAAAGACCUAGUGGAUGACAUUGCUCGUCACAGGAUGGACAACGAGGUUAAUAAUAGGACAUGCGAAGUCAUCAGGGAUGGAAGGUUCAAAAACACAAAAUGGAAAGAUAUUAAAGUUGGUGAUAUCAUUCGUCUGAAGAAAAACACUUUCGUUCCUGCUGAUAUUUUGCUGCUAUCCAGCUCAGAACCAAACAGUCUCUGCUAUGUAGAGACAGCUGAACUAGAUGGGGAGACUAACUUAAAAUUCAAGAUGGCUCUUGAGGUCACACACAGAUACCUUCAAGAAGAAAGUGCGAUGGCAGAGUUUAACGGUCUGAUUGAGUGUGAAGAACCUAACAACCGACUGGAUAAGUUUGCAGGAACGUUGUUCUGGAGGAACAUGAGUUAUUCCCUGGAUGCUGAUAAGAUUUUAUUACGUGGAUGUAAAAUCAGAAAUACAGAUUUCUGCCACGGAGUGGUCAUAUUUGCAGGUGCUGAUACAAAAAUAAUGAAAAAUAGUGGAAAGACAAGAUUUAAAAGGACAAAAAUUGACUCCCUUAUGAAUUACAUGGUUUAUACUAUUUUUGUUGUGCUCAUCCUGCUGUCGGCCGGCCUCGCCAUCGGACACACGUACUGGGAGCAGCAGAUCGGCAACUUGUCUUGGUACCUCUAUGAUGCAGCAGACUUCAGCCCUCCAUAUCGUGGCUUCCUCAACUUCUGGGGCUAUAUCAUUGUCCUGAACACCAUGGUUCCCAUUUCCCUCUAUGUGAGCGUUGAAGUGAUUCGUCUGGGCCAAAGCUACUUUAUCAACUGGGACCUGCAGAUGUAUUACCCCGAGAAGGACACGCCUGCGAAGGCCAGGACCACCACGCUGAACGAGCAGCUGGGGCAGAUCCACUACAUCUUCUCCGACAAGACGGGAACGCUGACGCAGAAUAUCAUGACGUUUAAAAAAUGUUGCAUAAACGGCCAAAGAUACGGAGAGUACCGGGAUGGAGCAGGGCAGCUUCAGAGCCACCCAGAGCAAGUGGAUUUCAGCUGGAACGAGUACGCAGAUGGAAAGUUCUUGUUCUACGAUCACUAUCUGAUAGAGCAAAUAAAGUCUGGAAAGGAGCCAGAAAUUCAAAAGUUCUUUUUUCUGCUUGCCAUUUGUCACACAGUCAUGGUUGACACUUCUGAUGGUCAGCUCAAUUACCAAGCAGCUUCCCCGGACGAAGGGGCCCUGGUUACAGCAGCCAGAAACUUUGGCUAUGUUUUUCUUUCCCGAACGCAAAACACUAUCACUAUAAGUGAAAUGGGGAUUGAAAGAACUUACGACGUCCUCGCUAUCUUGGACUUCAACAGCGACAGAAAGCGGAUGUCUGUCAUUGUAAAAGAAUCAGGUGGAAAUAUCAGGCUGUAUUGUAAAGGGGCUGACACAGUAAUCUAUGAACGGUUGCACCCAAGGAAUCUAAAGAGAGAAGCUACAGAAGAAGCACUAGAUAUUUUUGCAAAUGAAACUCUUAGGACGCUCUGCCUGUGCUACAGGGACAUCAGUCAUGAUGAAUUUGAAGCAUGGAAUAAAAAGUUUGCAGAGGCCAGUGUAGCUACAACUAAUCGUGAUGAAGCUCUGGACAAAGUAUAUGAGGAAAUAGAAAAAAACUUGAUUCUGCUUGGUGCGACAGCUAUUGAAGACAAACUACAGGAUGGAGUUCCAGAAACCAUUUCCAGACUUUCAAAAGCAGACAUUAAAAUCUGGGUGCUUACUGGUGACAAAAAAGAAACUGCUGAAAAUAUUGGAUUUUCUUGUGAACUCUUAACAGAAGAAACAACAAUCUGCUAUGGAGAAGAUACCAGCGCUCUCCUUCAAACCAGGUUGGAAAACCAGAAGAACAGAGCCGGAUCAAGUACCCACUCCUCUCUAAAAAUGAACGAGCCCUUCUUCCAGGGCAGUAGAGAUCGUGCUUUAAUCAUCACUGGCUCCUGGCUGAAUGAAAUCCUGCUAGAGAAGAAGAAGAAGAAGAAAAAGAAACUUAAACUGAAAUUCCCUAGAACAGCAGAAGAGAAGAAAAAGCAAUCUGAGAAGAGAAGGAGGGCUGAGGCUUACAAAGAACAGCAGCAGAAGAACUUUGUUGAUCUGGCCUGCGAGUGCCGGGCUGUGAUCUGCUGCCGAGUGACGCCGAAGCAGAAGGCCAUGGUGGUCGACCUUGUGAAGAAAUACAAGAAAGCCAUUACUCUGGCUAUUGGGGACGGUGCCAAUGAUGUAAACAUGAUUAAAACUGCCCACAUUGGAGUUGGAAUCAGCGGCCAGGAGGGGAUGCAGGCCGUCAUGUCAAGCGACUACUCCUUCGGGCAGUUCCGCUACCUGCAACGACUGCUGCUGGUCCACGGACGAUGGUCUUACAUUAGGAUGUGCAAGUUUUUAAGAUAUUUUUUCUACAAAAACUUUGCUUUCACGCUAGUCCACAUCUGGUAUUCAUUCUUUAAUGGCUUUUCUGCCCAGACAGCCUAUGAGGACUGGUUCAUCACGCUGUACAACGUGCUGUACUCCAGUCUCCCGGUUCUGCUGGUUGGCUUGCUUGACCAGGAUGUGAGCGACAAACUGAGUCUUCGGUUCCCUAGACUGUAUGUUUUGGGACAGAAAGAUUUACUUUUUAACUACGAGAAAUUCUUUUUAAGUUUGCUUCACGGAGCUAUAACUUCACUGAUAAUCUUCUUCAUACCAUAUGGAGCUUACCUGAAAACUAUGGGACAAGAUGGAGAAGCCCCUUCAGAUUAUCAGUCAUUUGCUGUCACGGCAGCUUCUUCUCUGAUAUUUGUCGUCAAUUUUCAGAUUGGCUUGGAUACAUCUUACUGGACUUUUGUUAAUGCUUUUUCAGUAUUUGGGAGUAUUGCACUUUACUUUGGUAUCACAUUUGACUUCCACAGUGCUGGAAUCCAUGUUCUCUUUCCUUCUGGCUUCCAGUUCACAGGAACUGCUCCAAAUGCUCUGAGACAACCAUACCUCUGGCUGACCAUGAUUUUAUCGAUUGCCAUUUGCUUACUUCCUGUAGUGGCAUGGCAUUUCUUAUCAAUGACAAUUUGGCCUUCAGAAAGUGAUCGGAUCCAGCGGAACCGUAAGGAGUACGUGGCAGAAGAGCAGCGGUGGACGCGGAGGCAGAGCACCUUCCGCCGAGGGCUGUCCGGCCGCCGCUCCGCGUACGCCUUCUCCCACCAGCGGGGCUACGCUGACCUCAUCGCUUCGGGGCGCAGCCUCCGGAAGAAGCGGGCGCCCCUGGACGCAGUCCUGGGCCACGGCGGGGCCCGCGCCGGCGCUGCUCGGGACACAAGCUGAUGCUUGGCCGGCCGGCGGGAAGCCUUUGGUCCCAACGCUUGCACAAAGAAAAUGUUUUUUUAAAAACAAACUCAGGAUAUUUUUCUAACCAAAUGGCGUGAGGAUACGAAGAUUUUUAUGUUUUAUCACAGAACUUCCUGGUUUUGGACUACUGGAAACAUAAAAAGGCCAAGAGUUCUCUCUGGAGCUACUAGUCCUUGUGCAGCUGAUUUCUGUUUCAUGUGAAAAUGAAGGAUACGUGUGCUUGGGUAUGAAAACCCAGCAGUGUAAUAUUUAUUUUUUAGCUAUGCCUGGAAUUGCAAACUUUUUUCACAUUUUAGUAAUAUGUUGGUAUGAAACUGCAGCUACAUUUCGUAUUUUGUCUUUGAAAGCAAACUGCUCAGUAGCAGUUCCCCUGUGCACGCCAUUUCAGUGAGUUGCACAGUCAGAAUGGUGGGUCGGGCAAUCUGGCCCCGGGUGUCCUCGCCGAGCUCACACAGCUGGGAUUAAGAUAUACACCUGGUGAUAAACUUUAGUCGGUGUCGGGUGUUAUUAAGAAUUCUAACAGGUAGAGAUGUGGCCUCUGUCCAUUUCUCUUUCUGCGAGGGCUGACCAUGGCUCGCUGCACUCAAUCAGCAGACAUGUUCUUCACACCUUGGUAGUGGGAGUGAUCUGCCAUUGUUCCUUCCCUUCCUAGUCCAUUCCUUGGUUUCCCCUGGAACAGAGAGAUUCGAAUUAGUAGUUAACAGAGGUUUAUUCUCACUCGCUCUCUAGUUUCUCUGCCUGUCUCUUUUCCAGCUCUAGAAUAUCACCUCACACAGUGUGUUUAUGAAUGGAGAUAUCUGAUCUCUGCCCCGGGGCUGGCCAGAGCCAGGUCAUUUCAGUUUUGGAUAUGGUCAGUCACGGGGAACGACAAAACAGGCGCUUUUAGGUGGAGCCUAUUUCACCGCUUGGGACUCAGUUCUUAAACCCUGUCCCGUGUGUUUUCAUGAGACUCUUUACAUUUGCACAUACUCUUCACGUGGAGCGGGAUGAAUGUUUCACUUCUGCCUGACUCCUGGGCUACGGUUGAUGACUGAAAUGGUUUUACAGGAAAAAUCAUGAUCCACGGCUUCUGUUCAAUGGAAUGUACGUGUCGGAAACACUGCGAAUAAACGUCCUGAACUGC